AACGCACGGACUGGUUUCCGGUAAGCGCUUCCGGAGUCAGUAGCAUCUGCAGUCGGUGCAUGUGUUUUGGAUGUGUAUUAAGGUUACAUGUAGAUAAGUCGCUGAUAUAAACCACAACACACAAAACAGUGUGUGUGUGAUUUGGUUAGAUACAAACAAAGAGGUUGAGCCAUGAAUUCUCUCUUUCGAAAGUUUCAGGUGCCUCUUAUACGGCAGGUGUUUGCAUUAAAUCAAGCACUCACACCAUGCCGGGCCACACCGUCCAUCCAGAAUCCUGUAUGGGCUACAGCUUCUGUGAACGAAAGACAACACCGCGACAUGCCGACCCAUAAGAUCGGGAGCUGGAGAUUCCUUUUCAGAAAGAGAGUGCACAGAAAAAAGAAAGACAGGUAUAAGAUGAGACCAGUCUGUCCAGCAUCAACUACAGCGUACGGGACUCUGAACGUGAUGGUGUCGGGUCACGACAUGACGGUGGUGGAACGCUACACUGAGUACAUCCACAACCUGUGCAACCGGCUCAGCAUCAGGGUGUCACUGUGCUAUGCUUUGCCAACCAAGACCACAGAGAUCAUGCUAAUGCAAGAGCAGGGCACCAAGAUGUACGUCGACUCUAUCCUAAAGACUCACGAGCGAGUCGUCCAGUUGAGGAAACUGGACACCACACUUUGUCCCGUCUUCAUGGAGGUUAUUUUAAAGAAUCAACCAGAGGGAGUUCAACUUUCUGUAAAGGAGCACACAGAGGCUCAUUACAAAGCACGGUUCAAGGCACGUCCAGAGCUGGAGGAGCUGAUGGCGAAAAUAAACCAAUAAGACCUGUGACAUUCUCGAGUUUGACCUUCCUGAUUUCCACAACUGCACACGACAUGGAUGUUACAUGUCGUUAACGAGUAAUAUCUGUUUUUGUUUAUUUAUUCCCUGGCGUUCCUCAGUUGAAUGCUGUUAGGAUGAUCAUUUGCAUUGAAAUACCUGUGCACAUUUACAUUUGACUUUUUGUGUGACCUCUGGAAAAUAAAACCCAUCCUGUUCUUUUCCAAGUUAA